GCUAAGCCUACUCACGACCUUCACAACGCAUCCACAAUAUGGCUGCACGUGCGGAGCCAUUGUCAAUUGAGUCGCUGCUGCAGAAACAACGCGAGGAGAAGGAGGCUGCUGCGAAGCCCAAGUUCCUCACAAAGGAGCAGCGCGCUCAAUUGGCUAUCCAGAAGCGUGCGCAGGAGAUCAAGGAGCAACGAGAGAAGGAAGAGCGUGCUAAGCGAGACCGUGAGGCCCUUGAGCGGGAAGCGGAAGAGAUCAGAGCCAGGGAAAGGGAGCGGGAACGUGCUUCGCGGUAUGGCGGCGGUGGCGGUCGUAACGAUGACCGGUACGACCGAGACAGGGAUCGAGACCGAGGCGACCGCUAUGGCCGGCGGGGGGACCGCGACAGGCGGCCACCACCGCACGAAGACCGCAGAGGAGGAACUGGGGGAGGAGGGGGAAGCUCUUUGCAAGGCGUCCCUACAGGCCCCCGAGCAGACCGCGGAAAGGCCACACCCACUGGUCCUGCCUCGUCCUCAACCUCUUCGAUGCCGCCACCGCCUCCUCCCUCGGGUGCGUCGAAUGGAAGCAGCAGCUCGGUCUUGGCAGAGGCUUCCCAAUCGUACGACCCUCCUAUAACCAGCAAUGACUUGGACGCUAUUCGAUCCCGGUAUCUCGGUGUGGACAAGAAGAAGCGCAAGAUCCGUAAGAUGAACGACCGCAAGUUCGUCUUUGACUGGGAUGAGCAAGAUGAUACGUAUAACGCCGAGACGCCAGCGGCCAUUGGCAGCCAGCGUCAGGGUGCCCAGAUCGGCUUUGGGCGCGGUCAUAUUGCUGGCAUGGACGACGCUGGAGGCGCGGUGGUGCCAGGGCGAAAAAGCGGUGCAGAGGGUAUGGUUUUGGCAGACCCCUUGGAGAGAAGGAGGGCUGCCAGGACGGGCAUUGACGAGAGGCAUUGGUCGGAGAAGUCAUUGGAUGAGAUGAAAGAGCGCGAUUGGCGUAUCUUCCGCGAGGACUUCAGCAUCGCUGCAAGAGGUGGACAAAUUCCGUAUCCCAUACGGUCCUGGAGGGAAUCCGCCAUACCGGUUGAGAUUCUCGAUAUCGUUGACCAGAUCGGCUACAAAGAGCCAUCGCCUAUCCAGCGGCAAGCCAUCCCCAUCGGCCUGCAAAACAGGGACAUCAUCGGUAUCGCAGAGACUGGAUCCGGUAAGACGGCAGCCUUCGUCAUCCCGAUGUUGGCAUUCAUCUCGAAGCUCCCGCCGUUCACCGAUGACAUCAGACAUCUUGGUCCGUAUGCGCUCAUUCUUGCGCCGACGCGUGAAUUGGCGCAACAGAUCGAGUCCGAGACGAAGAAGUUUGCCGGUCCCCUGGGGUUCACGUCCGUCUCCAUCGUCGGUGGUCGUUCGGUAGAAGAACAGCAGUUCAACCUACGCUCUGGUGCCGAGAUUAUCAUCGCAACGCCAGGUCGUCUCAAGGAUGUCAUCGAGCGGCAUGUCAUCGUCCUCUCACAAUGCCGUUACGUCGUCAUGGACGAAGCGGACCGUAUGGUGAACCUUGGUUUCGAGGCCGACCUAACCUUCAUCUUGGACAAGCUCCCGUCGGACACCAUGGAAGGCGAAGACCAGGGUGAACAAAUGGACAUCGAUGGCGAAACAAUGAUUAAGAAGGGUAGGAAUCGUGUAACUACCCUGUUCUCUGCCACCAUGCCUCCACCGGUCGAACGGCUAGCAAAGAAAUACCUGAAGAAGCCUGCAAUCAUCACCAUCGGUGAGGCCGGUAAGGCCGUUGACACGGUCGAGCAGAGAGUUGAAUUCGUCAGUGGAGAUGAGAAGAAGAAACAACGCAUGCUCGAAAUUCUCAACAGCGGGCAGUUCGCAUCACCCAUCAUCGUAUUCGUCAACCAAAAGAAGACGGCCGAUAUGGUGGCCAAGGAUCUGCAGAGAGCUGGAUGGAACGCCGCUACCCUCCAUUCGGGAAAGAACCAAGAACAGCGAGAAGCCGCUUUGCAAUCUCUCCGGACUGGAGACGCGGAUCUUCUCGUGGCUACAGAUCUCGCGGGUCGCGGUAUUGAUGUGCAAGACGUCACGCUGGUCAUCAACUAUCAGAUGGCCAACACCAUUGAGGCAUAUGUUCACCGUAUCGGCCGUACUGGUCGUGCUGGCAAGCAAGGGACAGCAAUCACCUUUCUCUCAAAUGACGACGAAGAAGUCAUGUACGAUCUCAAGCAAGAGAUUUCCAAGAGCCCGGUGUCGAAGGUCCCUAUCGAGCUCGCGAAACAUGAGGCCGCUCAGCACAAGGUGUCCAGGGAGAUGAAGAGGAAGAGAGAUGCCGAUGACCAGGGCUGAUCGUCGCUGUGAUUCGGAAUGCUGGGCACGUCGUAUCCACUUGCGUUUGGUGCGUGCAUGCUAUCAGCGCCUCAGAGAUCGAACCUAUGCCUAGCCGUUUUGCACAAACGUACAUUGUACAUGUAGAGCUCAGCGUAGCCUCCUUGACGGAAGAGGCACUAGUCGCGCCUUGACCUACACUCUAUUGG